GGAAAAAAAGAGGUAAUGAACGAAUUCCCACGUCAACGUCACGGUAGGGGAAGGUGAUACACCUCUGAUGUGUGACGUCAGCACUUUUAUCACCGAGCUACUAACGAGAUUACAAAGGUGAGUUAUCGCGAUGUCGGUGUCGUCAGACGUGACCUGCCUUUGACUCCCAACAUGUUUCCUGAAUGAACAUAAAGUGUCAGCAGGAUAGGGGAACACUGCUCUCCACACCCUGAAGGUCAGCAUGGGUAUCAGAACCAAAGUGAGCUGCACGGUUUCCUACGUCUUACUUGACAUUGUCAUCACCACAGUCCUAUAUGCACGUGGAUCACAGUUGAACAUAUUUUGGGAGGAUGCCCAGAACUUUACAAUCCUGAGGUCCGCUAUAGACAUUUGGGGGACUGUGCUGCUUCGAGCUUCUCUUCUUCUGGGCGCCUCUGUUGGACUGUUAUGGAACAAAGAGGACGGCCCACACAGGGUGUCCAGACUCGCCACUCUCAUUCUCUUAGUCUGCCAGACCAUUAUAACGUACAGUGUCGCCAAGCUGCUGAUGCUGAGCGAACUUGAGCCUCUUUCUCAUCAACCCUGGUCUUUGGGUCUGAUGUCCUGGACCUGUGUCUCCUCACUGGGUCUUUUGGCUCUGUGGUGGUUCCUCGGAAUGGAAUCCAACUCGGAGAAAAGUAGCAGAAUCAACAAAUCGGGACGUUGUGAGGACACCGAGGAGCUACUUCGGGCAGCUGGUGAGGAGGAAGAGAAGCAUGAGAGUUGUGCAGUGAAGACGUAUACGGAGAAGAGGAGCACAGGAGCUACGCUGGGACGUCUGCUCAGCUACACGAAAAAAGAUGGUGCACUGUUAACGGUAGCCGGCUUCUUCCUUGUCAUCUCUGCUGUAUGUGAAGCCUUCAUACCUUACUACUACGGGAAGGCCAUUGAUAGCAUCGUGGUUCACCACAGCAUGGAAUACUUUGCUAAACCUGCCAUCACACUGACAGUCCUGGCCUUUGCCAGUUCAAUUGCAGUUGGAGUGCGUGGAGGAGUGUUCACGCUGACAUUUGCACGAUUAAAUCUUCGGCUCAGGAACCACCUGUUCAGAACGUUAAUGAAGCAGGAACUUGCCUUUUUUGAUGAGAACCAUACAGGUGACAUCACCUCACGCCUGUCAGCUGACACCACCCAAGUGAGUGACCUCAUCUCCCAGAACGUCAAUGUGUUCUUGAGGAGCAGCAUCAAGGCCGUUGGCUUUCUCAUUUUUAUGUUUGGGAUGUCCUGGAAGCUAACAUUGGUCAACUUGAUGGGACUUCCUUUUGUUGCCCUCUUUUCUGAGUAUUACGGAAACUACUACAAGAAACUGACUAAAGAGGUGCAAACAAACCUGGCAAAGGCUAACAAAGUUGCAGAAGAAACCAUUUCAGCCAUAAAGACAGUAAGGAGCUUUGCCAAUGAGGGUGAGGAGGCUGACUCCUACUACGCCAAGCUCAAAGUCAUGUACCAGAUCAACAAAAAACAAGCCAUGGCCUAUGCUUGCUACAUGUGGUCCACAUGUAUCUCAGAGCUCGCUCUAGAGGUUACCAUCCUCACCUACGGUGGCCACCUGGUGGUUUCUGGCCAGAUGGGAAGUAGCGAGUUGUUAUCCUUUUUCAUAUACAUGCUUGAAAUGGGAGAAUGUUUGUCGAGCAUUGCAUCAGUUUACUCGGGCCUCAUGCAGGGAGUUGGAGCUGCUGAGAAGGUUUUUGAGUACUUGGACAGGAAACCCAAGCACCCGGCAGAGGGCACAGAGACUUUAAACUCAUGCAGUGGUUUGGUGGAAUUUCAAGACAUUACAUUUGCCUAUCCUUCACGGCCAGAGAUUGAUAUCCUUAAGGGAGUGUCAUUCACCUUAAGGCCGGGGAAGGUGACCGCGCUGGUGGGGCCAUCAGGCAGUGGAAAGAGCUCUUGUGUGAAUCUACUGGAAAACUUCUACCUUCCGCAGCAAGGUCAAGUGUUGUUGGAUGGAAAACCUGUUCACACUUUGAAGCAUGAAGACCUUCAUUCUCUGGUGGCUCUUGUGGGCCAAGAGCCGGUUCUUUUUGAUCGGUCAGUUGAGGAGAACAUCACUUACGGUCUUACUGACGUCUCCACAGAGGACUUUACCCAGGCAGUCACAAAGUCCAACGUUCAUGAUUUCAUCACGGACCUGCCCCAAGGCUAUCAGACAAAUGUUGGGGAGAAGGGCGCGCAGUUGUCGGGUGGACAGAAACAACGGGUGGCCAUUGCGAGAGCUCUUGUCCGACAUCCUCGUGUUCUUAUCCUGGACGAGGCGACCAGCGCGUUGGAUGCAGAAAGUGAACACAUUGUUCAGCAAGCUCUGAACAGCAUCAUGAAGGACCACACCGUGCUAGUGAUCGCACACCGGCUGAGCAGCGUGGAGAAAGCCGACCGGAUCAUCGUGAUCGAUAAAGGCCGUGUGGCUGAGCAGGGUUCCCACAGUCAGCUGAUGGCCAACGGUGGACUGUACUACAAACUGAUCCAGCGACAGAUGCUGGGCAUGGAGACGGUGGAGGAUGCACCCAGCCCGUCCAGGAAAGCCUCCUGGAAGCCUGAAGGAAGACACAGCAGCAGCGACGCCGAGCAAGAAGACUACGAUGCUCGCUAUUGAGCGGAAAUGUGAUCGCACUUGGUGACUGAGAUCCAUCUAUUGACAUUUUUGGAGGUGUCUUUAAACUUUUUUAAAGAAAUUUUUCUCAUCUACAAAAUCAUUCAAGAUUAAUUAUUAUCCGCUGAAAUUAACACUAAUGUUAGAAUUAAAACACAUUGAGCACAUGUGAUGCAUGACCACUUAA